AAGCCCCUCCUGAGAAUCUAUAUCCACCACCAACUGUGCCCCCUACCCAGUCAGCCCCCGGCCAUGCCCAACCACAACCCCCACCUCCCUAUAAAGCAAUGUAUCCUGCUGUACCUAAUGCCCCCUCAGAGGAUGAUAUAGAAGAUAUUUCUGUUGCUGCAGCUGUUAAUUCACAAUCACAGCAAUUACAGGAAUCAUCAUCUACAACAGGUUCUGAUAUAGAAUACCCACCGCCACCUCCUGGUACAAUUAAAUUAACAGUACAAACAGGAGUUAAACUUAAAAGUGGCAAGGUGUUAAAAUCAUAUGUACAUAAGCAAGGUGAUGAUGAUGAUGUAGAGAAGCCAGAAUUAGAAGGUGCUGAUCUUACUGCCCCGUUUAUGACUGUUGGUAAUCAGUUAAUAAUGAAACCCAUUAAUCCCGGAGUACUCAAGGACAUUAUUCAAGGUGCCCCAAACCCCCGUACUAAUCCCUCUGCAUGCCUAAUGUAUCUGAAAAGAAUGUGUUUAGGACAGAACAUGACACAGAUAGACAUACAGUUAAUUAUAAAUGGAAUAUUAGGGUAUGAUUCAGAUUCUGGUUGGAAUUGGUUUAAUGUACCCUCUAUCAGUGAGACAGACAACGGUACUGGAGUUGGAGUGGCUGGCAGUGAUGGUGUUUAUGAGCUUAGUACUUCAGCAGGAUGUGCUAAAAUGUGGGAUGAGGAAGCUGAAAUGUUGAGAUUAUGGAAGAAUAAGCAGUCUAUAUCCACUGCUUUGGCAUGUAAGCAAGGUGCAAAGGAAGAGAUUGGUGUUUUUGUAAAGAGAUUUUACAAGUGUUGGAAGGAUGAG